UCGAACAGAGAAGAGCGAGCUGAAAGAGAAGAUGAAAGAACAAAAUCGAAGCCGUAAACGGAAGAGAGGAAAGGUUCACAAAAAAUCUUCUCCUUCAUCCUCUACUCCCACCGGCGACGGUCAUUCUAAGUUCUCCGGCGUGAAUCGAUCUUCGGCUUCAAAAAAUGCUAUCUCUAAAACUAAGAAAGCUUCGUCUUUUCUCGAUAAGAUGAAGGCGAGAUUAUCAGGAGGACACUUCCGUAUGCUUAAUGAAAAGCUCUACACUUGCCCUGGAGAUGAGGCGCUCAAUUAUUUCAAAGAAAAUCCAGAGCUUUUUAAUGUGUAUCAUGCAGGGUAUCAAGAGCAAAUGUUACAUUGGCCAGAACAACCUGUUAAUACAAUCACAAAAUGGCUAAAGGAUCAUAGCCCUUCUUUAGUUGUUGCUGACUUUGGCUGCGGAGAUGGACGGUUGGCAAGAAGUGUGAAGAACAAAGUCUGGUCCUUGGAUCUUGUCGCAAAUGAUCCUUCAGUAAUUGCUUGUGAUAUGUCAAACACCCCUCUACUGUCUUUGUCAGUUGAUGUGGCUGUCUUUUGCCUUUCAUUGAUGGGAACCGACUAUCCAAGCUACAUUCAGGAAGCUCGCAGAGUUCUCAAACCCAGGGGUUGGCUUUUGAUAGCAGAAGUUAAAAGCAGGCUUGAUCCAAAUACUGGAGGAGCAGACCCAAACAAAUUUUUGAAAGCUAUUUGUGAGCUUGGAUUUACCAUUGAGUCAAAGGAUUUCUCUAACAAAAUGUUUGCGCUGUUCUACCUAAAGAAGAAGGAAAAGCAGAAUUCAGUAGAUAAGGAGAUCAAUUGGCCUGAGCUCAAGCCUUGUAUAUACAAACGGCGCUAAGCUUGGCCUUAAUAUGGAUUGUUUAAGAUCUUAGUGUAGUCCUUGUUCAAAUCUGGAGGUGGGUUUAAAAGCAUUGGAUGGUUGCAUAAAGCAAUGAAGUGAUAAGAAGAAUCCCCUGAUGGAUGAAGUCGUGUUUCAGAGAAGUGUGCAUUUAACAAUGACAUCCAAAGUGAUCUCUACGUGAACUGGUCAAUUCUUUGAAUCUCGAAUGUUGAGGAGUUAGGGUUGCUAUUACCGUUGUUGUAUUAUGGAUUUUGAAAUUAGUUAUAUUACUUGGAAAAGAUUAUAGUACUAAAUUAAUAUAUGUUUGAUGCUUUUUAAUCUUUCGUAAA